AUGACUGGCAUCAAGAUUCUUGUACUUGGUGCGACAGGUCCUGCAGGUUUACCUUUGCUGCGAGAGCUGCUGCAUCGACAACAUGGGACCAUUGCCUACGUCAGGAACGCGUCCAAGAUCCCCGCAGGCCUGGCGAGCAGCCCACUGCUUCAACGCAUCCUCGCCAUGGGCACACUAUCCAUCACCGAAGACUCGUCCUCGUUCACCCGCUUAUUGCAGGCUAUCCUCACCCGCAUCAUCGCGUCAACGGCGUACAACGCAAUCAUCGACCUCGGACGCGUAUUUCAAGAGGAGGCGGACGGACUGGACCGGACCCUGUUUCAUAUCAGCUUUAUUAGUGGCGAGUCGGACGAGGAUAGUUGGAGAGCGGAUCGUGAGGAUCAGCCGACGUAUGCUGGGUAUAUUGCGAAGCCUGGAUGGAAGGCUGGUAUGAAGAGGGCUGCGUUAGCAAGCUGGAUUGUUGAUGAGAUCGAGAGCGGUAAAUGGGUCAGGAAGUCGCCGGCGAUCAGCAAGUCCAGCGUUAAGAAGACGAAGGUCUAA